GCAUGAACCGACUUUGGGAAGAGAUAAGUACAAGCAGGGCACCCAAAUUGAAUAAUGAAUAUGUCCGAAUGAGAUAAAAAAAAAUGUGAAAAAUGGAAGUGGGAAGAUGAUGCUUUCGCUUUUCCUGGAAUCCCCGGUCAUCCGAAUUUUUAAUUAAUUUUUCAACACUUGGGGCUAAUUGAUUGCUUCAUCUUUUGAGGGAAUUUUGUCUCAAUAUCGAUUCUGGUUCCAAUUGGCUGUAAAAACCCACAACGCCAGUACCAUUACAAUCUUCAAAUUCUUUCCUCAAAUGAAAAUUUGCACAAGUUCUUCUUUCUGAUUGACUGUCGUCGAGAGUUAUGGCUUCUAUGGGUGAUCAUCUGAGGAUCAUCAUCGACACAGAUCCUGGUGUUGAUGAUAGCAUGACUAUCUUCAUGGCAAUCAAAAGUCCACAGUUGGAGAUCUUAGGCUUAACCACAAUAUUUGGCAAUGUUACCACAGAAACUGCCACUCUCAAUGCUCUGCGUCUGUGCGAGUUUGCAAAUCGUUCAGAUAUUCCUGUGGCAGAGGGUUGCCACGAGCCUCUGAUGGGUGGAAAACCAAGGGCCAGAAUCCAUGCUCAUGGUAAAGAUGGAUUGGGAAACAUUACUUUAAAUCCCGAAACAUCUAACCAUGUUCCUUUAGUUCCAAAAUCAAAGAAAAUUGACAAGACUGCGUCACAAUUGAUGGUGGAAAUGGUUUCUAAACACCCUGGUGAAGUAUCAAUACUAGCACUGGGACCAUUGACAAAUUUGGCGCUCGCCAUGAAAUGGGAUUCAUCCUUUGCACGCAAAGUUAAACAAGUGGUCGUCCUUGGUGGGUCUUUCUUUGCGCUGGGAAAUGUCAAUCCUGCUGCUGAAUCAAAUAUCAUUGGGGACCCAGAAGCAGCAGAUAUUGUGUUCACAUCUGGGGCAAAUAUUGUUAUUGUCGGUAUAAACAUAUCAAUGCAAGUCAAACUGACAGAUGAUGAACUUGAUGAGCUGAGGCAGUCCAAGGGAAGAUAUGCUAGAGUUAUAGCGAACAUGUGCAAAUUUGUCCAAGAACGGACGGAAAAGUCCUAUAAAUUCAAGGGGAUUUUCCUGCACGACCCGACCAGCUUCGUUGCGCUAGUUCGGCCUGAGCUCUUUACCUACACGAAAGGCGUUGUCCGGGUGGAGACACAGGGAAAAUGCAGAGGGCUGACGCUCAUGGACCCUGGAACAAAAGAAAUUUUGAUAUGCAGAUGGGAUUCGGAGAGCCCCUGGACAGUAGAAGUGGAGGAGGGAAUCGGAAAGCCGGUCGUGUCGGUUGCAUCCACAGUGGAGGCCAAUGAAGUUCGAGAUUACGUUAUCAAUCUGUUAGCGAAACCUUGAUUUAAUUUGUUACCCUUUCGUGUUCAUCUCUUCAGGAUGCCGUUUUAUCUUCUGGUUAGUAUCAAAGGAAAGACUGUAGCAGGACUUUUGUAGAAGUAAAAGAUCGAGCUGCCAUGGAGGCCAAUGCACCAAACCACAUCAUCUUUCUUUCUUU